AAAGGUGUUAAAAAAAAAAGUAUCAAAGAGAGUUUCUACCACUCCUCGUCCCUUCAAUAAUUGCAAGAUUACUAACCUUCCACUCUAUUUCUACUGGCUCCCGGCGCAUGGCACAUGUACACCUAACUCAUUAGUCACCCAAUCCUAUCCUGAACAAAUCUAUUUUUUUCACUAAUACUGACUUCCCUUUGAAUUUUGAUCAUUUCUUUAAAAAAAAAAAAUACUACCCUCCACCAUUUUUAAAGUGAUCACUCUGCAUCCCCACUUCCCAGGAAUUCUCUUCCCCUGUCUUGAUAGUCGCUGCUACGUUACGCAAUGUCGGCAAAAAGCAAGAUUCUGGUGAUCGGCGGCACUGGUAACAUCGGGAAAUUCAUAGUGGAGGCUGCUGCUAAAGCCGGUCACCCUACCACUCUUCUUAUCAGAGAGGCCACUCUCUCUAACCACGCAAAAUCCAACAUAAUCCAUAACUUCAAAAACUUGGGAGUCAAUUUUUUGGUUGGAGAUCUUUAUGAUCAUGAGAGCUUGGUGAAGGGCAUAAAGCGGGUGGAUGUGGUGAUAUCCACAGUAGGUCAUGAUCAAUUAGCUGAUCAGGACAAGAUCAUUGCUGCAAUUAAAGAAGCAGGAAAUGUUAAGAGGUUCUUCCCUUCAGAAUUUGGAAAUGAUGUGGACCGCUCACAUUUUGUUGAGCCAGCAAAAUCAGCACUUGGGAGCAAAGUAAAAAUUCGCAGAGCUGUUGAGGCUGCUGGUGUUCCAUACACCAUUGUGUCCUCCAACUUCUUUGCCGGUAUUUUCCUCCAAACAUUCGUACAAUUUGGAGCUACAGCACCCCCCAGAGAUAAAGUCGUCAUUUUAGGGGAUGGAAAUCCUAGAGCUGUUUUCAACAAGGAAGAAGAUAUUGCCACAUACACUAUCAAAGCUGUGGAUGAUCCAAGAACCUUGAACAAAAUCCUUUAUAUCAGACCUCCCCUUAACACGUAUUCAUUCAACGAUCUCGUGCCUUUGUGGGAAAGGAAGAUAGGCAAAACCCUUGAGAGGAUCUAUGUUUCAGAGGAUCAGCUGUUAAAGAAUAUCCAAGAAUCCACCGCCCCUCUCAAUGUAUAUCUCUCAAUUAGACACUCCGUGUUCGUGAAAGGAGACCAGACCAACUUUGAGAUUGAACCAUCAUUUGGAGUUGAGGCUUCAGAGCUCUACCCUGAUGUUAAAUACACUACUGUGGAUGAGUACCUAGAUCAGUUUGUAUGAUUCUCGUGCAUUAGUUAAGCUUUGUAACCUAAAAAAAUUUGGUGGUAUUGGUUCACGUUUCCAGUGUGCGCUACAGUCUGAUUCUCUUUUGCUUUUGUGACUUCUGUAGAUUCUGUAAGAUGACAUCUAGCUACAAUGUCCAUUAACAAAAGCCUGAACAGAAA